AGACAAUUUUCGCGCCUUUUCUUGUACGUUACCGUUGCUUGUCGCCGGUUUGCAAUUUGCACUUUCCAUCUUAAAAACAUUUUUAAAGCGAUUGGCACUAUUAUUAUCGUUUUAAUUUACAAUUCUUUAACUUUUUUUUAGUUUUCAUUACACUAUAAAAAUGUUUGAAGCGCGCUUACUCCGUAGCUCUAUUUUAAAGAAAGUUUUGGAGGCAAUUAAGGAUCUUCUGACACAAGCCACAUUUGAUUGUGAUGACAAUGGAAUACAGUUACAGGCAAUGGACAAUUCACAUGUGUCGUUGGUGUCACUUACUUUGCGGGCAGAUGGCUUUGAUAAAUAUAGAUGUGAUAGAAAUAUUUCCCUGGGAAUGAAUUUAAGCAGUAUGUCUAAGAUUCUCAAAUGUGCUGGUGAUAAGGACACAGUGACAAUGAAGGCACAGGACAAUGCAGACACAGUCACCUUUGUGUUUGAAAGCCCUAAUCAAGAAAAAGUGUCAGAUUAUGAAAUGAAGCUCAUGAAUUUGGAUCUUGAACACUUAGGCAUUCCAGAGACUGAAUACAGCUGUACAAUCCGCAUGCCAAGUGCUGAAUUUGCCAGAAUCUGCCGUGAUCUGUCUCAGUUUGGAGAGUCAAUGGUCAUUUCUUGUACAAAAGAAGGUGUAAAAUUCUCGGCGUCAGGUGACAUUGGUACAGCAAAUAUUGCAUUGGCACAAACAGCAUCAAUUGACAAGGAAGAGGAGGCAGUUGUUAUUGAAAUGGAUGAACCUGUGACCCUUACAUUUGCCUGCCAGUAUCUCAAUUACUUCACAAAAGCAACCUCACUAAGUAACCAGGUCCAGCUUUCGAUGUCGGCUGACGUACCAUUAGUAGUGGAAUAUCGCAUUCCAGACAUUGGUCACAUCCGCUACUAUUUGGCACCGAAAAUUGAAGAGGAAGAUAGUUAGAUUAGUUAUUUUUAAGUUUCUUUUAAUAUUAAUUCAUUUUAUGUUAAAACUACGUGCCUUUUUACUCACAAUCACAUCUGAAUAUAAUACACUGGGUGUACAAUACAAUAAACUAAAUUGUGAUAAAAAUUAAUAAUAAAUACUUAUCAUGUC